CCGCCUCGCUCGCGGGGCCUCGGGUCCCUCGCUCCUCUGAACCGCGUUCCUCUGCCGUAGGACCUGCGAGAAGUGGCCGAAGAUGAACCCCCAACAACAGCGCAUGGCCGCGAUAGGGACCGACAAGGAGCUGAGCGACCUGCUGGACUUCAGUGCGAUGUUUUCCCCACCUGUUAAUAGUGGGAAAACCAGACCAACGACACUGGGAAGCAGUCAGUUCAGUGGAUCAGGAAUGGAUGAACGUGGAGGUACGACAUCUUGGGGAACAAGUGGUCAGCCGAGCCCUUCCUAUGACUCAUCUAGAGGUUUUACAGACAGCCCUCAUUACAGUGAUCACUUGAAUGACAGUCGAUUAGGAGCCCAUGAAGGCUUGUCCCCAACACCCUUCACGAACUCAAAUCUGAUGGGAAAAACAUCAGAAAGAGGCUCAUUUUCCCUGUACAGCAGAGAUACUGGAUUACCAGGCUGUCAAUCUUCUCUUCUGAGACAAGAUCUAGGGCUUGGGAGCCCAGCCCAGCUAUCUUCUUCAGGAAAACCGGGAACACCAUACUACUCAUUCUCUGCCACAAGUUCCAGGAGAAGACCACUCCAUGACUCUGCAGCACUUGAUCCAUUGCAAGCAAAGAAAGUCAGAAAGGUGCCUCCUGGUCUGCCUUCUUCUGUGUAUGCACCAUCCCCAAAUUCAGAUGAUUUCAACCGUGAAUCUCCUACUUAUCCAUCUCCUAAGCCACCGACCAGUAUGUUUGCUAGCACUUUCUUUAUGCAAGAUGGGACCCACAAUUCUUCUGACCUUUGGAGUUCAUCAAAUGGGAUGAGCCAGCCUGGUUUUGGUGGAAUUCUGGGGACCUCCACUUCCCACAUGUCUCAGUCCAGUAGUUAUGGCAGCCUUCACUCCCAUGACCGCUUGAGUUACCCUCCACACUCAGUCUCGCCAACAGACAUGAGCACAAGUCUUCCCCCAAUGUCCAGCUUUCAUCGUGGCAGCACCAGCAGUGCCCCAUAUGUUGCUGCCUCCCACACUCCUCCUGUCAAUGGAUCAGACAGCAUUCUGGGAACCAGAGGGAAUGCUGCUGGAAGCUCACAAACAGGUGAUGCACUUGGAAAGGCCUUGGCAUCUAUUUAUUCUCCCGACCAUACAAGCAGUAGUUUUCCAUCAAACCCAUCAACACCAGUUGGAUCACCUUCACCUCUGACAGGUACCACUCAGUGGCCUAGACCAGGAGGGCAAGCUCCUUCAUCCCCAACCUAUGAAAAUUCACUCCACUCCCUGAAAAAUCGAGUUGAGCAGCAACUUCACGAGCAUUUGCAGGAUGCAAUGUCCUUCUUAAAGGAUGUCUGUGAGCAGUCUCGAAUGGAGGAUCGUUUGGACAGACUGGAUGAUGCUAUCCACGUGCUGCGGAACCAUGCUGUGGGACCUUCCACCAGUUUACCCACUGGUCACAGUGAUAUUCACAGUUUAUUGGGACCAUCCCAUAAUGCACCAAUUGGAAGCCUCAGUUCAAACUAUGGAGGAUCAAGCCUUGUUACAAACAAUCGAUCAGCUUCAAUGGUUGGAGCUCAUCGGGAAGAUUCUGUUAGUCUCAAUGGCAAUCAUUCAGCCCUGUCUAGUACCGUCGCUGCUUCAAGCACAGACCUGAGCCAUAAAACACAAGAAAACUAUAGAGGUGGCUUGCAAAGUCAGUCUGGAACUGUUGUUCCAACAGAAAUCAAGACUGAAAAUAAAGAGAAAGAUGAGAACCUGCAUGAACCUCCUUCAUCAGAUGACAUGAAAUCGGAUGAUGAGUCCUCCCAAAAAGAUAUCAAGGUCUCAUCUAGAGGCAGAACAAGUAGUACUAAUGAAGAUGAGGAUCUAAAUCCAGAACAGAAAAUAGAAAGGGAGAAGGAAAGACGAAUGGCCAACAAUGCCAGAGAACGCUUGCGGGUGCGGGAUAUUAAUGAGGCAUUCAAAGAGCUUGGCCGAAUGUGUCAGCUUCAUUUGAAGAGUGAAAAGCCCCAAACAAAACUCCUCAUUCUUCAUCAGGCAGUGGCCGUCAUCCUUAGCUUAGAACAGCAAGUCAGAGAGAGGAACCUUAACCCCAAAGCAGCCUGCCUUAAGAGAAGGGAAGAAGAAAAAGUUUCUGCCGUAUCGGCAGAGCCACCAACCACGCUGCCAGGAGCCCAUCCUGGGCUUAGUGAAACUACCAACCCUAUGGGUCAUAUGUAAACAUCAGCCAGUUCCAGAGUUAUCAGUAGGCUAGAUAGAAGGUGACCUCUCCUCAUAAGGACUUGGACAACUCAGAUUAUCUGAAGAUACAAACCUGACAGGAGGGAGAAGAAAAAACAAAACACUUGAAGCAAGAAACUCAAAUGUACCUACGAUCAAAGCAAUUGGUCGACACUUCCACCAGAAGUGAAGAUAGGAAGCUCAUCAGAUAGAACGUCAACCCAUGAGGUGUUUGCAACCUAUCAUUUUGUUGCAAGCAGUGUAUCGCUUCUGCACAAUCAGAGACUGUCUCGAUCUCUCCACUCACCGUGGAAGUUGCCUUGUGCCUAAACUGAAUUGACAAAUGCAUUGUAACUACAAAUUUUAUUUAUUGCUAUGGAACUGUAAGGUCUACAUAUAAAGGGAAAAGGUUGAUGCCAGCAUUUGUUAAAGCUGUUCCCAUGCAGAGAACAAAACAGUGACAACCAUUGGCCUUUAGCAUUCCCGGCAUACCUGUGAGUGUCUUAAAAAGGAAGGGAAAAGUCUUUUGUUGCCCUCUCCUCUCCUUUUGCCAUAUGAAUAGUGUUUUCCAUGAAAUAGGAAAAUAUUACUUGGUAUAGCAUUUUCUCAUUUUUCAUGCAUUUUUAUUUUCUCUUUGUGGGUGUGACAUUUGGUCUCUGAAUCUGAAUAGUUAUGGUCACAGUCCAGAAUCAUCCACACGGCCCUCUGUGCUUGGCACAUGUACCCACAGUGGUGAGCAGAGACCAUCUGUGACCAUAGCCUAGCUAAGAUUUUAAAAGGGGAAAUUUUUCCCUAGGUUUUUCCCACAAAUAAAUAUUGCUUUAUUUCUAAUAAUACCAAGACUUUUCAAGCUUCUAGGUUUGAUAGUAAAGCUUGUAAUAGCAAGAAGUGUAAAUUACAAGGGAAGAAUUUACUUUUUGGAAAUUGCUUUGUUUUCCAAGCAGUAAGUACUACAUAAUAUAGUACUUGUAAAGUGUUAGCUGUAAGUAAGCACAAAAUUCAUUUAAAGUACAAAGAUGAUUUUUCAGGCCGUGAUUAUGGUGAAUAUAGCAAGACCCAGUAGUCACCAAGGCAGGUAGUGUGAUAAACGAACACACCACUCUGAGGUUCAUUACCUAAUGGAGUCCAAGAACCCUGGUCACCGGGUUUCUCUCUCCUUACUUUUACUCACUAUCAUUUGGAUGAUUAGGGGAGAAUUCAGUGGGUGAUUUAAUCAGUCCCUAUCCCAAAAUGAGCCAGAUUAGCAUUAAACCAGUACUUGUCAGUUAAUCUUAAUACUGUGCACUAACUAGGCACCUCUCUAAUCCUUCGUAGUAAUUUUUAAGACAUCAUAAUGACUUUGAACUUCCAUAAAAUCUGUCUUCCACCACAA